AUGCAGGCGCCCAGUUUCCCGGCAGCAACUGUACUGAAAUCUGAUUUCUACGUUGACGACCUUUUAACGGGAGCAGACACGGUAGAGGAGGCUACGCUAGUUCGCGACCAGCUAAUCGAGUUAACAAAAAUGGGUGGCUUCGAAUUAAGACAAUGGUCGUCAAACAAUGUAAAACUGCUACAAUCCGUAACUGCUUACAAUGAAAGCGACUGUACAAACAUAAUUGCAGACGAAUUUAGAAAAACGCUUGGUCUGUACUGGAGCCAGGUACACGACACGCUCGGUUACACGGUGAAAAGGCAUGAGCCCCUUAGGCAGGUAACAAAGCGCGCCAUACUGUCACGCGUGGCUCAACUUUUUGACCCGUUAGGUUUGUUGGGGCCCAUUAUCGUCAAGGCCAAAAUAUUGAUGCAAAAGCUCUGGCAAGUAGGCGUGAACUGGGAUGAAUCCAUUCCAGAAACGUUACAUACCGAAUGGAAAGUUUUUGAAUCGCAAUUGAAAAACAUUCGGGAAUUGUCAAUACCGCGCAGAAUCAUCUGCGAUAAGCACAUCGAGUUGGAACUACACGGGUUCUGCGAUGCCAGUGAGAAAGCGUACGAGGCAUGUAUAUACAUGCGUUCCACUAACACGUCCGGACAUCACUUCGCGUAUUUAGUCUGCUCAAAAAGUAGAGUCGCGCCCCUAAAAGUACAAUCUUUACCGCGCCUAGAAUUAUGUGCCGCGGUACUACUUGCAAAAUUAUUUAGCGCCGCGGAAAAAUCCCUCAAAAUAAGAACAAAACAGAAAAUUUUUUGGACAGAUUCAAUGAUUGUAUUACACUGUCUAAAAACCCCUCCUCACACCUUAAAGGUAUUCGUAGCGAAUCGUGUGAGCGAAAUUCAGCAAUCAACGGAUGGGGGUCAAUGGCGUCAUGUUCCGUCGCAGGACAAUCCAGCUGAUUGCUUAUCACGGGGUGUAGAGCCGUCGGAAUUAAGAUAUAAUAAUAAUUGGUUUUCCGGUCCUCAAUGGUUGCGACAAGCAGAGGACAAAUGGCCGUUUAACGCGUUGUUACCUGCCGAGCUGCCGGAGCGCCGUACCGUAGUGUCCCUGGCUACAGCCGCUCCUACAAUUCCAAUCAUAAACAGAUUUUCGGCCUUGGGGCGAUUAGAACGUACCAUUGCAUAUUGCCUUCGAUUUCACCAUAUUUUAAAGACUAAACAAAGGCAAACGGGCCCCCUUAGCUUAGACGAGUUGAAACUCGCACGGCAAAGAAUCCUAAAAUCCGUUCAACAAACAGAAUUUGCCGAUGAUAUCAAAUCACUAAUCAAAACACCACAUUCAUACAAGGGUAAACUUCGAACAUUAAACCCGUUUUUGGACGAAAAGGGAAUUUUGUGCGUGGGGGGGUCGCAUCAUCAAAUCCGAUGCUACGUACGAUGCAAAGCACCCAAUCCUCAUACCGGCAAAACACCAUCUCACGGCCCUGAUCAUUCGCCACGAGCACCUGCGGCACAUCCAUGCAAGCGUCUUAGGCACCUUAAACGCGGUUCGGCAGAACUAUUGGCCAAUUAA